AUGAGUGGCAGUGAAGAGGACGAGGACGAGGACAGCCGUUAUAGUUUCGACGCCAAUCAGGACGAAGACGAUCUUUCGGAUUUUUCGACCAAGAGCGAAGAAGAAGAAAAAGAAGAGAAGAAGAAGCCCAAAGCAGCCUUGUCUCAUCUUGUCGAGAAACAAACGAAUGACUCUACAGCUACCGAAACGGAAACCAAAAAGUACACGAGCAAUCGCAACCAUGGCCGUUCCAAGAUGAGUACUGGAACGCGCGCCUACAUGAAGAAAUAUCCGGAGCAAUCGACCGACGGUGGACUUCGACUGGGAAAUGUGAUUCCUGACUUUGAGGCCGACACCAGCCAAGGCUUUAUCCCAUCGUUCCACGAGUGGAAAAAGGGUAAAUUUACCGUUCUCUUCUCGCAUCCCUCCGACUUUACACCCGUCUGCACUACCGAAAUAGCUGCCAUUGCACUCCGCUAUGCGGAUCUUCAGAAAAUGGACUGCUUGUUGAUUGGUCUCUCGGUGGACCCGGCCGAGUCUCACCGUGAAUGGAUGAAAGAUAUUGUGGCGCACUUCCAAGAACAUCAUCAUGACAACAAUAACACGGAAAAGGAAAAACUGCUCGCACAAUGGAACUUUCCCAUUAUUGGAGAUCCCGAUCGCACAGUCUCCAAACUAUACGCCAUGACCGAUGUGGCCACACCCGGCAAUCUCACCAUUCGCAGUGUCUUUAUCAUUGAUCCCGACAAUCGACUUCGACUUUCCUUGAACUACCCCGCAUCCGUGGGACGAAAUAUGGAUGAAAUCAUUCGCUGUGUCAAGUCACUACAACUCUCCUAUCAAAAGUCCGUGGCAACACCCGCCAAUUGGCCCAACAAUCAUCCACGAGUCCAGUUGGAGGACGGCACCAUUUCCACCGAUUGGAAGGGAUCGGUAUUCUUGUUACCCACUGUCAGUACCGAACAAGCCUUUUUGAAUUAUCCGGGGUAUCAUACCUGCAAGGUGCCUUCUCAAAAAAAGUACCUGCGACUGGUCAAGGCAAGUCAUGUGGGUGUGGCGGUACACGAGCAGCCAUCCGUCAACAAGUCGGAAACGGACCGGAGUGUCGCCACGACAUCCGCGGAAAGCAGUGAGGCUUCCUCCAUCGCGUCUACUGCAAAAAGCAAAAACUCGACCGAACUAUUUGACAACCUCUUGGCAGAGAUUUCGGGACUUGAAAACUCCAUCGACCUUGCUCUGGAAAAGGUUCAGAACGCGUUGCAAAAGACUGCCGUGGCGUAG